GCGGGGCUCAGCCAAUACCGCGGUGGCGGCGGGACGGAGGCGUUUCGCUCCGCUCAGAGGAGAACUUCAACAGCGCGAUCCCAGGCAUUGCUUGGGAAAGGCAGAUAGAGAGGGCAGCGGCGAGGGGUGGCUGUACGACCCUCUUUUGGGGGGGUCUGAUUAUAACAAAAAUAUAUAACACACAUGUGUGGACGCCCCAGCCGCACGAUAGGUCAUAUGUGGACCAUAGGUAUUUUAGAAAGCAUAUAGCUGCAAUAAUACAUCUACAAUGCCUAUUUUACUUUUCCUGUUAGACACGUCCGCUUCUAUGAAUCAGCGCACUUAUUUGGGUACGACGUAUCUGGACAUUGCUAAAGGCGCGGUUGAGGUCUUUAUGAAGCUGCGUGCCCGAGACCCGGCUAGUAGAGGCGACAGGUACAUGCUAGUUACAUUCGAUGAUCCGCCAUACGGAGUAAAGGCAGGCUGGAAGGAGAACCAUGCCACCUUCAUGAGUGAGCUGAAGAACCUGCAGGCAUCUGGGUUGACCACACUUGGUCAUGCUCUUCGCACAGCCUUUGACCUGCUUAACCUCAACCGGCUUGUCUCAGGCAUUGACAAUUAUGGACAGGGCCGAAACCCCUUCUUCCUGGAGCCAUCUGUGAUUGUCACUAUCACUGAUGGGAACAAGCUGACACACAGCUCUGGGGUGCCAGAUGAGCUGCAUCUGCCGCUGAACUCUCCCCUGCCAGGAAGUGAGCUGACCAAAGAGCCCUUUCGCUGGGACCAGCGCCUCUUUGCUUUGGUGCUGAGGCUGCCAGGGGCAACCAUACCAGACAGUGAGCAGCUAGGUAGUGUCCCCACAGAUGAGUCUGCCAUCACCCAAAUGUGCGAAGUCACAGGAGGACGAUCAUAUUGUGUGCGGACGCAGAGGAUGCUGAAUCAGUGUCUGGAGUCGUUGGUCCAAAAGGUUCAAAGUGGUGUUGUUAUUAAUUUUGAGAAGACUGGGCCAGAUCCACCGCUUGUAGGCGAAGAUGGAUCAGUUGAGCCAAGCCGUCCUGCGUCGUCUUUUAGCCCUCAGCCCUGGCACAGUUGCCACAAGCUCAUCUAUGUGCGGCCCAAUCCCAAAACAGGGGUGCCAGUUGGCCACUGGCCUAUUCCAGAGUCCUUCUGGCCGGACCAGAAUUCUCCUACUUUACCACCUCGCUCUGCCCAUCCCAUGGUGCGUUUCUCUUGUGUGGACUGCGAGCCCAUGGUGAUUGACAAGUUGCCCUUUGACAAGUAUGAACUGGAGCCCUCGCCUCUCACCCAGUACAUUCUGGAAAGGAAGUCUCCACACAUGUGCUGGCAGGUGUUUGUCAGCAGCAGUGGGAAGCACAACGACUUGGGCCAGCCCUUCGGCUACCUUAAGGCCAGCACCACUCUCACCUGCGUGAAUCUUUUUGUCAUGCCUUAUAACUACCCAGCCCUUCUCCCACUCCUUGAUGACUUGUUUAAAGUGCACAAACUGAAACCAAACCUGAAGUGGCGACAGGCCUUUGAGAUCUAUCUGAAAACCAUGCCUCCCUACUACCUCUUGCCCUUGAAAAAGGCACUGAGGAUGAUGGCUGCUCCCAACCUUAUUUCAGAAAACAUGGAUUGUGGCCUAAGUUACAGUGUCAUCUCCUACCUGAAGAAGCUCAGUCAGCAGGCAAAGAUCGAAUCAGACCGUCUGAUUGUGUCAGUGGGGAAGAAGGCGCCCCAGGAGACCGGCAUAAAAGUGAAAAACCACUCAAGCUCACUGUCUCUCGCCCACCACCGCGACUUCAAACAACUACUGCAGGGAAUCACAGGGGAAGUGCCCCUUCGCCUGGCAGACGUCAACUUGAAAGAGUUUGCUGGCUUUCAGAUCAGCCUGCUUAACAAGGAUCUAAAGCCACAAGCUUAUCGAAAUGCUUACGACAUCCCAAGACGGAACCUUUUGGAUCAGCUCACCAGAAUGCGAUCCAAUUUACUACGGACCACACAAAAAUUGAUCAGAGGACAAGACGAAGACUACCUGCACAGUAUUCCAGUUGCUCAGAUGGGCAAUUAUCAGGAGUACCUCAAGAUGAUGCCGUCUCCACUGAGAGAGAUUGACCCUGACCAACCUAAACGUCUACACACAUUUGGGAAUCCCUUUAAACAGGACAAGAAGGGGAUGAUGAUUGACGAGGCAGAUGAGUUUGUUGCGGGUCCUCAAAACAAGAAAAGAGGACAUUCGGGUGAUUCCAGCUCAGGUACUGCACUGAAGAGAAGGCGGAGCAUGUCUCCCUUGUUGCGGCGGCCUCAGACUCCACCAGUGAAUGCCAACCACGUAGCAGGGAAGAACCCAUCAGGGGUCACAGGGCAGCAGAGCCCCAUCCAGCCCAUCCCACAACACAAAGGAGCAGAUGGCAACAUUGUGGCAGUUACUGAAAGCAAUGGUGAAGGGGGACUUGGUCCUGAGUCAGGGGACAGCUGGCCUGCUACAGCAGACUGUGCUGCAGGGAGUCCUGACUCCCUCAGCCAGGGGGAGAGGGCUGGGCUGAUUGCAUCUGACAGGGGAGAGGACAUUUGUGGGAUGGAGGACGGGCUAGUUGAGGAUGGUAUGGAUGAGCUGACAGUGGAAGGAAAGCAGAACUGUGAACGACUGAGCCCACAAAGCCAGAAAGAGGUGUUAGUGGAUGCUGACACCAACCGAGCAUUGCCUGAGACCAUAAUCAUAGCUCCACUAGAUGGCAGCCAGGCAGAGUUGCGGACGCGGGUAAUCAAAGAGGUCCGCAAACCUGGCCGCAACCAUACAGCAAUAUUUAGACUACUAGAGGAGGUGAAAGGACCAGUUAAUGUCCAAAGGUACUUCAUUCAUCAUGCUAUCAAAGAGGCUGCAAGGUUCAAGAAGCGGGUGCUGAUCCAACAGCUGGAAACAGCCCUGAUGGAGAUGGAGAAGAGACAAACAACAGCUGCCCGACUCAAUAAUGAUCACGGCAGAUAGUGAAGAGAUCAUGGCUCCGUGCAAAUAAACACAGCCAGAACAGAGGCAAGAGAGGACUCCUGGUUUGAGGACAGGGCAGAGAAGCACCACCUUUGGACAAAAAAAGACCCUGUUUUGUGACUUUGAUAUGAAACAGAGGGGAAACUUAGGCGGAAAAGAAAAAUGUCCAGACUGUAAUUUCCCUGCUGUCCUUGUCCUGUUACAUCACAUCCUGCUAGAGGUGGAGGUUAAGGGGUUUAACUGUAGGAGCGGUCUGGGGCAGAUCUACCGGGGAUGAGUGAAGAGACUUUAAUUAUAUAAUCCUUUUCAUUUUGACUGAUGCCAUCGACAUCCAUAUGGCUCUUGUCUGUGUCCACACAUUGAAUCGCCAGACACUCAAGUACUCCAUACAAUAGGGACACCAUAAGGAAGCAAAUCCUUUAACGGCAGGGGACUGGAUUUUUUUCAUGUGAGGCCUUCACUGCAGCUACUUUUGCCAUGACUUUUUUUCAGGAAAAGGGCUGCAAGACAGCUAAUUAUUACUAUUAACAGCAAAAAGGACCUAUGUUCAGCUGGCCUGAAAUUUAAAUGUUAUUGUACUGUCAGGCUGUAGGUAUACUUUCUACAAGUAAUACAAAGUUGUGCACUGAUAUAGACCUGUGGCUCACAUGAGAAACCAGGUCUACCUCAUAUAUUUACAGUCAUAUCCACAACACCAUCUUUGGAGCCAAUCUGUUGUUUCCUCUACUGAGUGAUUAACAAUGGAGCAUUGUGCUGGCUCGUUUAUUGAUCAAAUGUAAAAAAAAAAAAAGUUAGACAGAGCAAUAUGAAAUAUGUUGAGCAGAACUUGAGAGCCUUGACUGCGAGGACAGCAGCUGUUGGGAGUCCAUUUUAAGAGGCUGGUGUUGAGCCAAAGCCCCCCUCCCCCCUGCACUCCCUCUCCACAGCACUACAGUCACUCCAUUGAUUCCUCCCCAGAAGUCCAAUUGUGUUCAAUGGAAUCUGCAUCUGCCUCGACGCAGUUGACGGUCACCCGUUCACAGCUGGUUGUCCGCCUCCUGCUGCAUUUUACAUAGACAAAAGGAUCCAAUUCUCUGUUUCCCCUUUUUUUUAAAUGAAUAAUGUACACUACUUUUUAAUGUUCAUAAGGACUAUAGAGUAUUUUUUGACAUUUAUUUCAGAGCAUAAAAAAUAUUUUAAUAGUUGUUUGUCAAUUUUGUAAACUGAAAUAUAUAACUGAAAUUUUUAUGAAUCUUACCUUUUUUCAACAAAACAAAAUAAACU